UUUUACACCAGAACUCACUGCUCUGAGAUCGCCUCCUACCUGAGCCGGUGCAGCUCCCGCAGGGUGGAGAGCAGGACAUUCAUGGUCUAUGACAAGCCCAACUUCAGGGGGCAGCAGUACCUCCUGACCAGGGGAGAGUAUCCUGAGUAUCAGAACACCAUCGGCUUCAAUGACUGCAUUCAGUCCUGCCGCAUUGUCCCUGUGCACAAGGGACCCUUUAGGAUGAGGAUCUACGAGAGACCAAACUUUGAGGGCCAGAUGCACGAACUGACCAAUGACUGUGACUCCAUCCAGGAUCGUUAUCACACGUCUGACAUGCAGUCCUGCAAUGUGAUGGAGGGCUACUGGUUGAUGUUCGAGUUGCCAAACUACAAGGGCAGGAUGUUUUACCUGAGGCCAGGAGAGUACAGUAACCUCAGAGAGCUGAUCAGUGAUGAUAUGAGGUUCAAUUCAAUCAGACGCAUCACAGAAUCUUAA